UGGCAGACAAUCCUUGUCCCUCUCUAAUCCCUCGAAUUGUCUCUGCACUCGCUGCUCUCCUCUUCCUCCCUUUGUCACAAACUCAACACGUCGGCCGUCGAGUCAUCCACCACUACACCAUAUUCCAAUUCCAAACUUCCACGGUUCCACCUCCAACGACCUCCAAAUCGAAGCUUCUCGAAUCUGAAGAGAGGAAUUGAUGCUCCACAUAAAAAAUUGAUCUUUUUUUCUUAUCGGGUGCGUUACAUUUUGGUUGAUCAUGUCACAGGAGGUGGUUUUAAUGCAGGAAGUGAAUUUUGAGAUUGGCAUGAACAAUAUUGCUUUUGUACACUUUGAAGAGCUUCUGCUCCAAUUGAAGGGAGUGGCAAAAGAUGGGGAACUUGUGAACUUUGAAGCAGGCAUGGACAUCAUGGAUCUUCUUUACGAAAAGGAGGAGACAUCAAUGCUCUACACCAAUCCUCGCUCUCUCGCUGCAUCAAUCUUGGUUGCUUCAUAUAUCAUCACAGUACCUAAACAGAUGCUGGAAUUUCCAGUUCUUCCUUGGGGUAAGAUUUCUAGUUUCCUUACGCUCUUUUCUUUCGUGAUGUUACUAAUUGAGCUUAUUCCUUUUAAUUGCAGUUAAGUUUGUAACAGGAUGCGAUGAGGAGUUUAUUCUUGAUACCUAA